AUGGCCUGCUGCUGCCUGCUGUACCGGGGCGACGUGGUUCCCAAGGACGUCAACGCCGCCAUCGCCGCCAUCAAGACCAAGCGCAGUAUUCAGUUCGUGGACUGGUGCCCCACGGGCUUUAAGGUCGGGAUCAACUACCAGCCUCCCACCGUGGUGCCCGGGGGCGACUUGGCCAAGGUGCAGCGCGCCGUGUGCAUGCUGAGCAACACGACCGCCAUCGCCUGGGCCCGCCUGGACCACAAGCUCGACCUGAUGCAUGCCAAGAGGGCCUUUGUGCACUGGUACGUGGGUGAGGGCAUGGAGGAGGGGGAGUUCUCAGAGGCCCGGGAGGAUAUGGCUGCCCUGGAGAUGAGGAUAUGA